AUGAAUAAGACUUCCGUCAAAAACGAAGGCCUGCUGAUCCAUGACUCAGGGGCGCUUGAUGCAAAGAGGCCAAGACACGUACCAUUAAGGAAUAUAAAGAAUCGUCUUAAUUCAGAAAAUUCUGUCAGCCAAAGAAUGGGUAUUCGUAAAGGUCAGAAUUUAUCUAUUAGAGAAUCAGAAAAGUUGGUGUCGGACUUAAAGAAACAGAACUUUGACCUAAAACUGCAGCUGUUUCAUCUAACUGAUAAAUCGAAUCUUGCCCAAAAGAACGUCGAGCUGCGAAGGGAAAUAGAGGAUCUACGAGAUAAGCUUCAAAAAGCGAACGAAACUAUUCAAGAUCUUAAAAACACGAUACAAAAUUCGACAACCAAAGGAAAAUGGACACAAAAUUCUAACCCAACAGAUGAUCUCAAAACAAACGACGUAACAUCAAGUCAAACAAUUAAAGCACAUACGGCUCCGAUGGAGGAAUUACAAACAAACUUGAUGUCGAACCGCAAAAGUGCUGUCGUUAAUGAUGACAAAAACUCUUGGCGUUUGUUUGCAGAUCAUGAGAUAAACCUGGACGACGAUAACAUAUCGGGAAUACUGGAUAUGCCAAGAGUAAGCCCCCUGUUGCGACGAUCCCAUUCACGUUCACGCAUGCCAGGAGAAACGAGAGGCUUGUCAUCCAAUCAAUCGCAUACGGAUACUAGAAACUCGCCGAAACCCAGUUCACCGCUUGCUUAUCAGGAUUCUGCUCAGUUGCACGGCAUUAAAAGAUAUGAUCAAGCGAAGACUUCAGGAAGCGAGGUCACAAAUGAUCGUAGAGUGGACAACGCAAUGAAAAAUAUAACAACAAAGUUGGACACCAUUAAUAAGGAAACGAAUAUCUUUUACAAUCCUGCAGUCCCAAGUAGCGAGCACACUCGCUCCUCCAAAAUAUCUAAAGAUUUGCCUAUUAAUGUUUCGAGAAAUAAUAGGACUGAUUCGAGAUUAACAAGCGCUAUGGAACUUACUGAUCCUUCUCCAAUAUCCAAUUCGAUGCAGUUUACUCCGGUUACAACGUAUAACGUAAGGACUAGUACUGGCCCAAAGCUGGCGCAAGGGGGGUUAGACAGCUCCAAGACUCCAAUAACUUCAUCACCGGGUUCAAAGAAAAGAAACUUCCAGACAACUCCUUGGCCUAAUACGUCUGUUCCGCUAACACCUGCCGAAUUUUAUGCUAAACUGUCUAAUACCGGAAAUGCAAAGAUUCAGAAAAAGGUCCAAAAAGAUUCAGAUUCAAAAUCUAAUUCGACGGCGAAAACCGCCACGACUUCAUUGGACAAUGGUACGGAUUCGAAUCGGUCAUUGCGCGAUCGGCUCAAGCGGUUUGAAAGCAGCAAACGAAAACCGGUAUUGGGGAAAAAAUUGUACAGUGGUACACGAUACGGUUAA